UUCAGUGCAUGCCGACAGUGUAGGGAAAAUACGAAUAUAGUUACAGAUCAAAUGCAUCUGAAGCUGGCAGGCAAAUAUGAGCGACUUAUAUGCAAUUGGACGAACACUGGUGGGACCAUUUUAGCGUGAAAGCCCUUGAAGGAGUAGCACUUGGGGAAAGGCAAAGCAAGGAAUUACAGAAACAGAAAACUACGCUCUCUUGAGAACUUUUCGAGGCACGUUUGGUAAUGCAGAGUAGCCAAGACGCACUGAUAGUGGAUUUUUCAAAGUAGAACAUUAAUAGGCAUUGAUGUUAGGCCAAUACCAAAUAAUAAAUAUUUGGUACAGUAGCUGAUUUUGGAAUAGACGGGUCGGAUAUAACGUGGAUGUGCAAGAGAGCUUAAAGUUCAGAGUCCGUAUCUGAGCCGUGUGAUGUCGGCGACAGGAAAGCUCCGUGUGGCCAUAGUGGGCGCAGGGGCCGCAGGGCUGUGCGUGGCUCGUCACGUUUCGUCCCGAUCCACCACGUUUGAUCCCCCAGUGGUAUAUGAAAUCACCGACCAUGUGGGCGGCACAUGGUUCUAUGAGGAACGUGUGGGCAUUCAUGACAAUGGUCAUCCAGUUCACAGCAGCAUGUACAGAGACCUCAGGACUAACCUGCCUAAAGAGGUUAUGAUGUUCCCCGAUUAUCCUUUUGAUGCCCAGCUGCCCUCUUUUCUGUCUCACCGGGAUAUUCUGCAGUAUUUGCAGAAAUACUGCAAGAGGCAUGCCAUCACACCAUAUAUAAAGUUCAACACUGUGGUGGAAGAGGUGAAACCCAUCUCCAUGGAGACAGUAGAAGGGGGAGCUGUGACGUGGGAGGUAAUUUCACGUGGCACGUAUGGAGGGCAGAACACACAGACAUUCGACUCGGUGUUCAUCUGCAGUGGGCAUUAUUCUACACCCCACCUGCCCUCUAUUCCGGGAAUAGAGCAUUUUAAAGGGAAGGUGAUGCACAGUCACUCUUAUCGCUGUCGAGAGCCAUUCGCCCAUCAGUCUGUUGUGGUUCUGGGUGCUGGAUCAUCUGGUGUUGAUAUAUCAUUUGAGCUGGUUCAAGCUAAUGCAAAGGUGACGCUGAGCCAUAAUAAGCCAGCUCUGGCAUUUCCCCUGCCCCCAGAGAUCCAGCAGGCACCCCCUGUGGUCAAGGUCCUGGAGGACGGCUCACUGCUUUUCCAGGAUGGCUCAGUAGCCCAUGCUGAAGUCCUUUUGUUUUGCACUGGAUACAGUUUCCAUUUCCCAUUCCUUUGCCCAAAACAACUUGGCCUGGGGAUACAGCACCACCUGGUGGCCCCUCUUUAUAAAUACCUCUUGCCUCCAGCCUUCCCCUCACUUUUUUUUGUAGGCAUCUGCAAAAUCAUUUGCCCCUUUAUUCACUUCCAUUAUCAGGUUCAGUUUGCGCUUGCUGUUCUUGAAGGCACUGUCCAGUUGCCCUCACGCAAGAUGAUGGAAGAGGCAGCUGAGCGUGAGAGGCAAAUGAAGGUGCAGAAGGGUGUUCAGGAGAAACACCUCCUACAAAUGGGCUCCGAUCAGUGGGAGUACUAUCUGGACUUGGCAACCAUAGCAGGGAUCUCGCCUCCAAACCCAGUCGUAGAGAGCCUCUAUGAGGAAGUCGGAAGACAGCGGAGGAUGAAUCCUCAGGCUUACAGACAAAUUAACUACAAACUUGUUGGUGCCACACACUGGCAGGUUCUGGGAGCAACAGACACUUAGUCUAAUAUUUAGUUAGAAAGAGCAAAAGAACAUUAUUCCAACUGUUCCAUCCCUGUAACUAUCAGUUACUUCCCAGUUAUACACUAAACUUCAACAUCCUAUUUUUAAAGGUGUGUUUUUAUGAAGGAUACGCUUUCACAUAAAAUGUGGUAUUUAGUAUUUUCAACUGCUCCAAGAAGGUUACCACAGGGAAAGCAGCCAUGAGAGGAUUUAUACUUAUGAAUUACUUAGUAGUAAAUUCCUGUACAAAUCCUGCAAGAAUAUAGAUACAACAGUAUGCAGAUUACGUCUUUAAUUAUACAGCCUAAAUUAGUAGGAUGAGCCUACACAAUAGCUUAUAAAUUAAAUGAAUAAUGUUACUUGAACACUAAAUAUGUAUACAUGUAUAACAAGAAAUUAAAUGUAGCCUAAUUUCCAAGAUAAUUAAAAUCCUAGUUUUUAAGAA